AUGUGGAAGAGAACUGACCAUCAACACAAGAUCAAAGCAGGAGAUGGACCUCAGGCAUGUCAGUGCAAAGACAUGGGCUCAGCUUGGGAACCUGCCAUGCCACACCCUCUAGAGCUUUCAGAAUUCCAGAGCUUCCAGGUGUUUGAGGACAUUAGAUAUUAUGUCAAAGAAGUGGGGGCCCAGCUGGUAAAGAAAGUCAAUGCCAUCUUUCAGCUGGACAUCACCAAAAAUGGGAAGAUUGUUCUGCAGUGGACCAUUGAUCUGAAGAAUGGUUCUGGGGACAUGUAUCCAGGGUCUGCCAGGCUCCCAGCAGAUACCAUCUUCACAAUUCCAGAACCUGUCUUCAUGGAGUUGGUUUUAGGCAAAAUAAACCCUCAGAAGGCUUUUCUUGCCGGCAAGUUCAAAGUGAGCGGCAAAGUUCUACUUGGCCGGAAGUUGGAGAGGCUGUUCAAAGACUGGGCUAAAUGUUAA